CGCGCGCCCUCCCGCAGCGCCAGGCGCGCCCCGCGGGCGGCGGAGCAGGAGGAGGCGCCGGCCCGGCCCCGCCGCCGCCAUGGUGGGCCGGGAGAAGGAGCUGAAGAUCCGUUUCGCGCCGGGCCGCUGCGAGCUGGUGGAGGAAGAUGUUGAUAUUCCCAGUAGGCGAGUUCUGAUUACUGGUGCUACGGGACUUCUUGGCAGAGCUGUAUUUAAAGAAUUCAAUCAAAAUAAUUGGAAUGCAGUUGGCUGUGGAUACAGGAGAGCUCAGCCCAGAUUUGAACAGAUUAAUCUUCUGGACUCUAUUGCAGUUCAUGACAUUAUCCAUGACUUUCAGCCUCAUGUUAUAGUGCAUUGUGCUGCUGAGAGAAGGCCAGAUGUUGUAGAAAGUCAACCAGAUGCUGCUUCUCAGCUCAAUGUGGCUGCUUCAGGGAACUUAGCAAAAGAGGCAGCUGGAGUUGGAGCAUUUCUGAUCUAUAUCAGUACAGACUAUGUAUUUGAUGGAACAAGCCCUCCUUAUAAAGAGACUGAUGUACCAAAUCCCCUGAAUUUAUAUGGUAAAACCAAACUGGAGGGUGAAAAGGCAGUCCUGGAAAAUAACGAAGGUGCUGCUGUACUUAGGAUUCCUGUCUUAUAUGGAGAGGUAGAAAGACUGGAGGAAAGUGCUGUGACUGUUAUGUUUGAUAAAGUGCAGUUCAGUAAUAAAUCUGCCAACAUGGAUCACUGGCAACAAAGAUUUCCUACCAAUGUCAAGGAUGUAGCAACUGUUUGCAGACAACUAGCGGAGAAGAGAAUGCUGGACCCAUCAGUGAAAGGAACAUUUCACUGGUCUGGCAAUGAACAGAUGACUAAGUAUGAAAUGGCGUGUGCAAUUGCAGAUGCUUUCAACCUUCCCAGCAGCCACUUGAGACCAAUCACUGAUUGUCCAGUUGUGGGUGCUCUUCGUCCGAGGAACGCUCAGCUGGACUGCUCCAAGUUGGAGAUGCUGGGGAUAGGCCAGAGAACGCCAUUUCGAGCUGGGAUCAAAGAAUCACUUUGGCCUUUCCUUGUUGACAAGAGAUGGAGACAGACAGUCUUCCAUUAGUUUGUAACUUUUUUAGUAAAAGUAUGGUAUGUGGCACUUUUUUAAAAGAAAAAAAUAGUUUUGUAUGAGUGUUCUUAAAUUGUGACAUUUAUGAGUUUUCAUUUAAUCAGGUAAACAUACUGUCUUGCACUAGUGAAACUGUUAGCCUAAAACAAGUUCAGUGACAAAAACUGAGCCUAUUUGAUGUCAUGGAUCUGUCCUUCCAUUCGUACCAGUCUAACUUAAUGUCUAUUCCUAGCAGAUUAUGGUUCUUAGUAAUCAGUACCAUUUGAUGCUCAGAAUGACUCAGAUCACUUGUAGACUUACUUUUGGCUGAACGAUGUUGUUGAUGCUUAAGGUCUGUGCCAUUGUUGUAUAUACCAUUUCUUUUCAUUAAAAGACAUGAUCAGUUACUUUAUCACCAAAAAUCGGAGUUUUUUGGUUUUGACUUUUGAAGGUGGUGUUCUUAUGAAGUUAAACUGAAGUAGGAAUUGUUAAAUGUUUUGCUUGAGCUCUGAUCAAAAUGUUUUUUAAAAAAGUGAAACUUUAUUUUUGCAAUUAUCAAGUGUACUUUUUAUGCGUGAAAUAUUUUCAGAAUGUUCUGUAACUUGAAUGCCUGCAGCUUCAUAUUUGUACAGUAAGUUUUAUGCAUUCGUUUUAAUGGUGACAUAAAAGCUAGAAGGGGGUUGGGAGGGUGGGGAACAAAUAGUUUUGACCUGGGUUUAUUUUGGAUGGGGGACUGAAGCUGGAGGUUUUGGGGGGGGGGGGUUGAGUAUGUGUGGGUGUGCUUUUUUUUUUGUACAAAAGCAUGAAGUAUCUUAAUCUUUCCCUCUUUUUUGGCCAGUAUUUGGGAUUGGUGAAAUUAGUGGGAGGAAGAGAUUUAUCAGUCAAUACAUGUGAGAUGGAGAGGAAAGCUAUUUCAAGAAUUGAUAGCACUGUGGCUUCUUUUGCACAGACUGUCAGAUCUUGCACUGAUAGAGCUGUUCCGGAACAGCAAAGCGCGUAUGUUGAAGGUUUGCACCCUAAUAAUGUAACCACAAUAGUCUAAUAUAAGCAAAUCUUUAAUCUGCUUGAGUCUUGUCCUUAUGGUUGGACUCCGUAGCCAGGUAAAGUGGAGGAACAACAUGGUUUGUAAAAGUUAGCUUCCUUUUGAAGUUGUAGCAUCAACAAUAUAAAUGUUCUGAGAUUGCCAGCAGGUUAUUAGUGAAAUUAGGAAAAGCGGCAUUUGGAUGAUCAUUUAUUUUGGCAUUUGAAAUGAAGAGGGAGGGGUAGAUCUUCAGCUUUUAAUUGAAAAGAGGGGAAAAAAAACCAAGGGGGACACACACAAAAAUAGACCAAUUUAAGAUCUUCUAAAGGUCAGCUUUACAUUCAGUUCUUUCUUUUCCAACUGGCAUAUGCUAAGAGUUCAUAAUCCUGAUUUGUUAUUAGUCUGAAGUCCUGAUAUACACAUGGUAACCUAUUUCCAGAAUGACAAUAAAUAUAUAUUGCCAGCAUGAGAAA